AUGCUUAGUUACCUCACGCGUUCUCCGCAUUUUCUGCCCAGCGUGAAAUGCUUAGGGCACAACCUGAAAAGGUUGUUCUGUGCGUCCAGCAUAUUGGACGAAGUGUGCCUCCAUUCCGCUGAAGUUCACACUUCAGCCAAAGGUUUUCAAUCCUCACGGGUUGACUUUUGGAGGCAUUUGCUCAGACAUGCAGAGUUCUAUUGCCGAAACCAGGAUCAGGGCAGCUUGGCAACGACUUUGGGACCUCCGUGCCCUAUGCUGAACUACAUGCACCAGCAUGGCUGCAGCAUUCGCAGCAAGUUGGUUCGCCAUGAUGGUGGGGCAGCACUUGGUGGGGGCAAAAUUGUCCUUGCGCUACCCGGUCAAAAGCAGGUAGAAACAGCAAUAAUCAUUAAAUUUGGACGUUCACGCCAAGAAGACAAGGCUACAAUUUGCGUCUCAUCUCAGGCCGGUUGUGCUAUGGCCUGCCGCUUUUGUGACACAGGAUUACUAGGUUCAGAGGGUGGUACUGGUGGUAUCAAUCUACCAGCAUGGGCCAUUCUUGAGCAGGUUCUUUAUGCUCAAGCGUGGUUGCAGCGGGAAGGUAUAUUUGGGAAAAGCAAUGUUGUUUUUAUGGGCAUGGGCGAGCCUCUCUUGAACUAUUCCAAUGUGCUUGGUGCAGCUCGACUCUUGUGUGCCUCAGAUCACAAGACCACAAUUUCCACCGUGGGGGUCGUGCCUCGCAUCCAGAGUCUGGCCAAAGAUGCACCCGAUGGACUUCGCCUCGCAGUCUCUUUGCAUGCUCCCUCACAAGAGUUGCGAGAAGAGCUUCUGCCAGUGGCGGCAAAGUCCUGGCAAUUGGAAAGUCUAUUGUUUGCAGUGAAAUGCUUUGAAGAGUCUACAGGUUCUGGGGUGCUCUUUCAGUACAUACUCAUUCGAGGUGUAAAUGACGGAACUGAGCAUGCAUCCAUGCUUGCGAGCCUGAUUGGCUCCCGCAAGUUAAGAUGUGCUGGGAUCAAUCUUAUUCCAUACAAUUCAACAAAUGCCGGGGCUGCAUAUCAGUUUCAAUCCCCAUCCGACAGCACAUGCAAACGUUUCAGGGAUACACUGCGACGCUUGGGUGCGCCAAACGUCACUGUUCGAUUUUCAACAAAGCUUGGUCGGGACUGGGCUUCUGCAUGUGGCCAGUUAGGGCUAAAUACUUCCCGCCCACUUGAGACAGCCUAG